UAUAUUCUUAAUGAUGACGACGAUGAUGAUGAUGAUGAUGAUGAUGAUGAUGAUGAUGACGAUGAUGAUGAUGAUGAUAAUGAUAAUGAUAAUGAUAAUGAUGAUGAGAAUAAUGACGACAACGAUGACGAUGAUGAUGAUAUUAAUGAUGAUGCCCUUAGCGUUGUUGAUAAAGAUGACAAGAAUUAAGAGCCCAGUGUUAAAUACGUAGUAGAAUCCAAGAUAUUCUAACAGGUAACUCACCAGCGCAAAUCUGUUCUUUCAUUGCAUCUUUGAAUUUAUCCAAUUCUGAAAAACUUGCUUCUAAAACGUGUUUUUCAUCGGGAUCAGUAGCCAUUUCGUUGAGUUCAUCCUCGUCAAAGCAGCAACCAACCCCAAGACUAAUAAUAGUUGCACCAUCAUCGCGAAGCUGCUGAGCGGGUACUGAUACGUUAUCUUGAGAACGUCCGUCAGUCACUACCACAACGACCUUUGGAAGAUCUUCGCGAUCUUUCUUCAAUUUUUUAAAGACAUAAUUGCGUACUUUGUCUAGUGCUUUGCCUGUAUUGGUACCUCCGCCUGGGUAAUCCAUUUCUUGGAUCUCUUCCUCUAUGUCAUCAAAGUUGUAUUUGAAUUCAAAGACAACGUCCGGGUUACUAUUGUAAAGCACUAGUGCUACUUGUGUUGCGUCUUUUUCGAUGUUAAAAGACUUAACUAUUUCAAUAAUGAAGUCUUUUGCACGCUGAAAGUUUCCUUUUUCUUGGUUCUCUAUGCUUCCUGAUCCGUCAACGACGAACACCAGGUUAAAUGUUUGUGAAGCACAAGCUAUUAAUACAAAAGUAAGGUAAAGGAGUUAAUGCCAUGCGCAUGCGUAGUAGAACACCAUCUGCAAUACAAUUUUGUCAUCUAUGCAACCAAGAAAUCUUGGUUGCGACAAAAUCGCCCAUCCGUAAGCCCAAUAUGUUAGCGGAUGUGAAAUGUCAGACUUUCGAGCUGGACAUAUCAGUAAAAUAUGUGUUUAACUUGAUAAUGGACAUCCAUGUUAUGGUCAACUGAAAGCUGUUUAAAUAGCGUAUCCGCUGACCAGUGUAACUUGCCUGUAUAGUCAUGAAUACUGGGCUUACGGGUGUAAUUUCCAUAACAAGGUGAUGCUGCCUAGGUAUUGGAUUUCAAUUGGUUGCUGACUCAAGUCCAUUGUUUUUCAGGAAAGCUUCAGUUUGCCUCUUUCUAAUGAAGAAAGUUUAAUUACUCGAGACAGAUAUUUCUUCAAAGAUCCCACGAGCACUUCGCUUUUUAGUUUGCUUUAAUCAAUUUCUUACAGGGUCGAGUAAAACAAAGUAAGUGGCGCUUUUUGCAAAGAAUCGUAAUUUUUAAGUCAUGGCCACGAUCUUGAGUUUUCUUGCAAGGUAAAAAAAAACGCAAUCUACCUUACCUAAUUCACACUGGCGACCAGCAUAAUCCUGUGGACACUGACACUCAAACCUUCCGAGACCGUCUGUACAAGUCCCACCAUGUAUGCAAGGUGAUGAAUCACAAUCAUUCACUAAGUCUUUUGGGGACAAUAAAAAUGAUGAUCUCCAGCUAAACGUACCGUAAGAUAUUUCGCUAUAUAAAAUACUGCCUAAAAUAGUUUUCGUUAGAAACUAAGUUUUAAGGUUCCUCGUACAAUCAUUAACAAGCCAUAAAAAGAGCUGAAAAGAAAAUAUUAGUACAAGCUAAAACAAAGUACUACUUAAAGUGUUAAUCUAAACGUCUGAUCUGCAAUGGGCAGUGCAGCCUAUCUUCAGUAGAGAGGUGCUGAGCUCAUGCUAUGUGCGCUAAAAAACACUGCAGUGAAUUUGUGCUGGUGCAGAAAAGUGGCAUUCUCAACAUGUUCGACUUCCUGGUCCUUGUCGAAACGGCCGAUCUUUCUUUGAACUUUGAUGUUAAUUAUGCUGUAGCACAUCCAGUCAUGCACAGGGGUAACACAGGGUAACACAAGGGUAGGGGAUGGACAUUUCUAUAUGGAAGUGUCUCAUCACUUUUGUCCCUCAGUUUGUCGAUAUUGUUCCAAGUUAUUUUAAGGAAGUAUCAAUUUCAUGACUAAGCACACUUGUCGUAUUAAACUACGUAAGUUGAGUGGUUAAAUAUAUUUCAAGAACAAUAACUGAUACCUUCGGUACAGUUCUGGCCUCCAAUUCCCAAAGGACAUGCACAGAUGUAGCUGCUACUGUCGUCAACCGUGCAGUUUCCUCCAUUUUGGCAUGGUCUCAAAGAACAGGCGUCUGAUGACAGAGGAAAUAUUUACAGGGAAUAUUGUUUUAUUUGUUUAUCUAUUUACUGAUUUUUCCACAAAGAUAUUUACAUUCUAUUGCACUGUAACUAGCAAAGAUCUCUUCUCUUCAUUUAUGUAUCGCACUGUUUUCCGAGAUUUUAACACAUUUUUUGCUUCAUAUCAAAUAACGAUAUAACAACCUUUUGCGAUCUUAACUCAGUGAGAAAUCAGUGAAAAUUAAAGCGUUUAGUUUAAAACCUUUAAAGAUUAUUGUUGCUUCCAUUUAUUAUCUCCUUAAUUGAUGCACAUCCAAAAUAUUUCUAAAUUAAAGAGUCGAAUUCCGGGGCGAUGUAUAAAUAAGGUACUAUGUUACCAUACGGAUAGAACAGUUAUCGCCGUGGCGGUUGUUAGAUUCAUUUAUUUAAUUUUCAUUUAAUUUUAAUGUUUUCUCCAUGUAUGUUAUAUUACAAGCGAUUUAUAUUUUACAGAUUUGAGUUUAAAUAUUAGAUUACCAGAAUAGAUGGAGAAGGGUAAUAUAAUGAAACUACUGGCAUGCUCUUUGAUUAAAUGACAAUUUUAGUUACUUAAACUUAUUUCAUUUUUAACACGGUGGUUCAAAAUUUGCAACCAUUCCACUCGGUAACUGCUGACCUACCAAGGCAUGUAAAUCCACCAGGGAAGUUAUGACAAACUUGUUUAUCCCCGCACUGAGUGCUGUUAAUAGCACACUCAUCAAUAUCUAAACGAACAAAAACAAAUAAAUAUCAGAGUAAAAGGUUAGCUUAAACUCAUAAGGUGGACACGGAUCAGUUGUUUAAAGACAUGUUGUACCAACCCUUGCUGCAGUCUUUUCCUUGCCAACCAGGUGUACACUGACAUUGGAAAUCACUUGUUAAACUGGUGCACGUCCCGUUAUUCAGGCAAGGGUUACUGGAACAAAAGUCAACCGCUAAAAAUAACAAAUAAAAAGGACUUACAUAUCAGUACACAAGGAAACAAAACGUCAUUAAAAGCUGCGAUGCCUCGCGACUGCCGCUUGCAUCUUAUCUCUUCUUAUGCUCUUAAUGAUGACGAUGAUGAUGAUAUGAUGAUGAUGAUGAGUGAUGAUGAUGAUAAUGACGACAACGAUACUAGAAAAAAAGUCAACCGCUGAAUAUAACAAGUAAAAAGAAAUUUCAUAUCAGUAAAUAACGAAAAAAACGUCAUUAAAAGCUGCGGUGCCUCGUGAACGACUGCCUCUUUCACCGUAUCUCUUCUUAUACUCUUAAUGAUGACGAUGAUGAUGAUGAUGAUGAUGAUGAUGACAAUAAUGACGACAACGAUGACGACAACGAUGACGAUAAUGAUGAUAUUAAUGAUGAUGCCCUUAGCGUUGUUGAUAAAGAUGACAAGAAUUAA